AUGAAGAACUUUUAUUCAAGUGAACAAAAGAUGCCAACCAAGAGGAACUUUUUGGACCCAAAGCAACUCAGCUCAUUCCAUAGUGCGCUAAAUUGCUCAUCUGGAGUGGAACAGCCGUCAGAGAUACCAGCAGAUGAAUAUUAUGAGUUCAUUCAAAAAUGCAAGAAGAUCGAACAGGAAAAUAACUUUCCUCAUUAUAGCGAAAAAGUUCAGGAGAUGUUCGGAGUGACAGAGAUUGAACAGAUCUUCUUUGAGUAUCAAGACGGCUCAGGAGAUCAUUUCACUGAACUUUUUGAGUAUAGAGCCACUGUGGGUAUAGGAGGCUUUGGCUUUGUCAUAGCAGCUUUGGAUAAGGAGACAGGGGAAGAGAUUGCUAUUAAAAUGCUCAAUUUAGACUAUUCUUCUGGUGUAUAAUUGCGAAACUGUUCAGGAAAGAGGCUGAGUCCUUAAAAAGUUUUC